CUCCGAGGUCGCAGUCCUGCUGUCCGCGUGCGUAUUGGCGAGACUCACGUAGCGCGUGCGAGGACCGUCUCAGAAGUGCGUGCCGCUGAGGGGCUGAGCUCGAAGCCCCGCGUGACCGUCCGGAGCCGGUCGAUUCCCCCCAGAGACCCGAAUGCAGAUGGUGCGAGCAGCGAGCGGAAAAGUUUAUGACAGCUCUGCUGUUUUCGGUUCACGGCUGCCCCCAUGGAGCGUUUUGAUUUCACGGUAGCAGCUAUAGACUUUUUACCGGGCUGUUUGACUCAGUAAUGCGCUUUCAUCGGGAUUGAAUCUCGGAUCACAGUGAUUCCUGAGUCGCGCGCUGGACUGCUUUUGGGUUUUAUUGACAUUUUCCACCACUGCUUUUCUGUGGACGAUCUUCGGAUAGCAGUUUUAAGGUACAGGAAGGUCUUUGUGUUCGGUCAUGGGCGAGCAGGCUGGCAGCGCGGGCAACAGCCCUCAGCACGGCCGUGGAUCAGCCAGACAGGACGUUCUCCGCUGCGGGUGGCUCCGGAAACAAGGAGGCUUCGUGAAGACCUGGCACACGCGCUGGUUCGUCCUGCGUGGGGACCAGCUGUACUACUACAAAGAUGAGGACGAGACCAAAGCUCUGGGCACCAUUUCCCUACCUGGCAACAGAGUCACCGAACAUUCCAGCAAUGGGGAGGAAGGUGGAAAGUUCCUUUUUGAAGUCAUCCCAGGGGGCGACAGGGAGCGAAUGACAUCCAACCAUGAGACGUAUCUACUUAUGGCCAGCACACAGAAUGACAUGGAGGAUUGGGUGAAGAGCAUCCGCAGGGUCAUAUGGGCUCCGUUUGGAGGAGGAAUCUUUGGUCAGAAGUUGGAAGAAACGGUUCGAUAUGAACGCCGUUAUGGCAAUAAGAUGGCACCCAUGCUGGUGGAGCAGUGUGUGGACUUCAUCCGUCGCUGGGGUCUACGAGAAGAAGGGCUCUUCCGUCUGCCUGGACAAGCCAACCUCGUCAAAGAGCUUCAGGAUGCUUUCGACUGUGGAGAGAAGCCGUCAUUUGAUUGUAACACAGAUGUUCACACCGUGGCAUCUUUGUUGAAGCUGUACUUGAGAGAGCUGCCCGAGCCAGUCAUCCCGUUCUGUAAAUACGAAGAGUUUCUGGCCUGCACCAAACUCCUCAGCAAAGACCAGGAUGCAGGAAUGAAGGAAUUAAGAAGUCAAGUAAAAGGUCUACCUUCGGUGAACUACAAUCUGCUUAAAUACAUAUGCAAGUUUUUGGAUGAAGUUCAGUCAUACUCAGGUGUGAAUAAAAUGAGUGUACAGAAUCUGGCUACGGUCUUUGGGCCAAAUAUUCUAAGGCCAAAGGUUGAGGACCCAGUGACUAUUAUGGAAGGCACAGUACUGGUCCAGCAAUUGAUGGCUGUUCUGAUUGGCCGCCAUGAUGUUCUUUUCCCACCUGAUGAGGACCAUACUACCACUCUGGAACUGGUUAAUAAUAACAAUAAUGAGACGCAGAAGCGGUCUACGAAUGGUCAGAUUCAAAACAAAGAAAACAAUAACACCAGUGGGGUGCGACAGUGCACUUGGGACGCUCCAGAAUCACCCAGUCGGGUUCCUCUGGACAAUGGCUCUCCUCGUUCGGGCAGCCCACGUAAUGGUUUCACAGGACAACGAUUCGAAGUGGCCCGGAGUCCGCCACUUUCUGUGAAAAAGAACCCGGCGUUUAGCAAAGGGAGCGGGAUUGUGACCAACGGAUCGUUCAGUUCGUCCUCGUCGUCCUCAGGAGACGCCAAUCAGGAGAAAAGUCAAACUCUACCGAACGUGGGAACACUACAUGCCCGUCGGACGGGUGCGAUAAAAGGCUCAGGCACUAAAAUGGGCGUCCAGAAUGGCGUCGUUCGAAUGGGCGUGUCCAGCACGGACGUGACGAAUGGGACUCUAAAUGGACGAAAUGGACUAUGGUUGCCCAACGGUGCCGUCACGAUGCGCGAGGCUAAAAGUCGAGAAGCGGAGCACCAGCAGAACCGUCUGUCCACAUAUGACAAUGUCCACAUCCAUCAGCAGCAGACGGCACAGCCCAGUCUAAGCAGCAGCUGUGAGGACAAACAGAGCGUGGAUAGCGCCACAUGGUCCACCUCGUCUUGUGAGAUCUCUCUACCAGAAAACUCCACUUCUUGCCGCUCCUCCACGACCACGUGCCCAGAGCAGGACUUUUUUGGUAGUAACUUUGAAGAUCCUUUGUUGGAUGGGCCGGUGCAGGAGGACAACGGAGUGGCAGUGGAUGAUAGAGAGCAGCGGACCAGUAACGGAGGAGGCCGAGGAAGUAGAGGAACCAGCAGUAGCGACAACAGCGAAACAUUUGCCGUCACGAAUGGACCGACCAAUCACAGUGCACUGCACAGCCUGGUGGCCAGUCUCAAACAGGAAAUGCUCAAGCAGAAGAAUGAAUACGAGGCCAGGAUCAAGAGUCUGGAACUUCGGAAUCUAGAGUUGGAGACGGUGAUGGCAAAUCUACAUGAAGAGCUGGACCAGGAGAAGAAGAAAUACACCAUGGUGGAGAUCAAGCUGAGGAAUGCAGAGCGAGCCAAGGACGAUGCAGAAAAGAGAAACGAGAUGUUGCAGAAAGAGAUGGAGCAGUUCUUUUCCACCUUCGGAGACCUGACCGCAGACCCGCGACGGCCCGACAGAGCCAACACCAUCUGGAUCCAGUGAGCCGUUAACCAUUAACUUAACAUCGUGCGGGCUGUUGUUCAGACAGAAUGGGACUAAAUCAACCUUCACGACAUCUUUGCACGUUUGGUGCAAAGGUCAGACACGGCUGAGCGAAGCCCAUUGAGUCAAAUUUUCAGAACUGAACGUGGACCAGUUGUUGGAUUGAACCAGAGGAUGCAACUUGGAUGUUAAAACGAAAGAUUCUGACCUGAGAGCGAAUGAAGAAAGGAACUCUUUGACAGUUGUGGUUGAAUGCGAGAGAAUGAAUCAAUUACAUGAUUGAGCUUUGAGUUUUAGAACUUCUGAAGGAACGGCAGAAGCACGAAAGUCACUCCUAUUUCUUCUUGUGAUCCAACCAAAUGUGUCCUUGAGCUGUCAUGUAUCCUCUUGUGUAUAUAAAGGAGAAACAAUGUUAAAAAUUCCACAAUGAAAAACACGUCUGUAUAAAUGCAAAUUAAUGUUUAAUGUACGUACUGAUAUUUAAACAGAGAAUUCUCAAUGUGUUACAUAUAAAUUUUAUAUCAAGGCUUUUCCUUGCACUUAAAGCGUAUGAGUUGCUAUGUUGUUUUUCAGUUUGGUACGUUACGAGAUGUGGCAAAUAUUUUAAUAGCAGUCUUCCCUGUUGCUUCUUUGCAUAAUUUAUCACUGCGGAUAAAACACGUUCUUCAUCAAUAUUGAAAUUAACAUUUUUAAGCAUAAAUAUAAAUAAACAGUUUAGGGUGUUUUUUGUGUAAAAUGGGGUAAAAAUUAUAUAUAAUUUAUUAUAUAUACAUGUCUCGGAUAGAAUGUUUUUAGCUGAGAAAAAUAUUGAUGAAGAAUCGAUUUUUUUUGCAUCGCUGCAGCGUUCCCCACACGACCAAAACCAAGCAGAUCUGUAAAUACUUGUGAAAACACAGCAAACGCUCAGCCUGUCUUUGUCAUUCGUGCCUGUCGCACAUCAUUUGCUUGCAACGGUGCUAGACGGGAGGAAGUGUGCUUAAAAUAAAGACCGAGAUGGGGUUCGUUCAUCUCUCGGACCAUGUGGGGUCAUUUGCCUUGUCGCAGCUGUCCAUGCUUUUACUGUAGCUUGAUGCAUUCAGUGAAAUGCAAUGAAAUUAAAUUAUGUGACCUCA